AUGGCUGACCACUCUUCUUUCAUGGACUGGAGUCCUGCAACUCCUGAACCUCGAUUCAAUCCAUAUCCGGACAGUUACAUCCCUGGCGGGUGGCCAGAAUCCGCUCCUCCACCUCCUCCUCCCACCUCCGGCGUGUUCGCACGUCGGCCACCAGCCUCUCUCUUGGCCCAGGCGGCGAAGCGAGUCUGCCGAAGACUGGGCGCUGUCCUCAGCGGUAGCUUUCACUUUAUCGUCCAAGAACCAACCUACGCCAUUGUGCGGAGGGUUCGAGAGCGCCAACGAAGGCCACCACGAGCGCAGCUUCAGAGAAACGUGCGCGCCGCGACUCCAGCUCGACAGAACCCUCCUCUUCUUCAAUCCAGACUUCCAGAGUCGCCCUGGAAUCGCGCCGUAGCGCUUGAAUCAACUCGGCAGCUAGCACUGCCACGUCUCGACCCUGCCGACCACCAGGAGCGUCGAAAAAGGAUCCCUACACCAUUACCAGAAAAACCGGCGCCUUCGCUUCGUCCCUCGCCGAAAGACAGAGUCUACCACAUUCCGAAAUUUAUGCCUGCUGGUGUGACCAGACACAGGCGCAAGUUUCGCGUUGUCGCUACCGCAACAGCAGAAGAAAAAUCUAUCUCAGUUCCCUCGAUCUUCGCAGACAUGCCUCAUUUCCCGGCUCCUGCUCCUCACAUUCCUACACGUCCUAUCCCUCGCAAGCAAGAACGCAACGUCCCAGUCGAGCAUCUCAAGCUAUCCUCUGCUCCUCACUUAGAAGGAUUGACCUCUGCGAAUCGGCCACCGUCACCCGAGUCAUAUGAAUGGGAAAGGGGAAAUUUGGCAAUGGAGCUACCUUCAGACUCAGACAAAGACAAUUUUUCAGACACCUCGACGCGCUCCUACCAACUACGCCCACAAAAGCUGAGGAUUCGGAAGAUCAGAUCGGGAAGAGAUUCCAACACCAGAAACGGUGCAACGACUGAGCGCACUGACCCUGCUGGUCCGUGCUUGCGCGUGUCUAAAGCACCUACACCGCCGACCCCAGUAAUCGUUGUCCAAGAGACGGCUCCUGUCACCACAAAAUCCCCAGUUUCUGUUGACGAAGACUUGUUAUCACCACCACGUGUCAGAAACCGCCGGGUGAGCACACCGAAACAAAAACAAGUCUUACUCAAAGACGAGACUCCAGGCUCUGAGAUAUCGUCGACCUGCCACUGUUCGCCAGGAAAUUUGACUCUACAGCCACUGAAAGGUACGACGCCCGUCAAGAACGAUAGCUCAGCGACGCCCGAUCGCUCGCCAGGUAAUUCAACGCUACGUCCACAAGUAGAAUCACCGCAAGAAAGUGAUAUCUCGUCAAUGUUUAUUGGUUCGCCACCCGAUCUCGAAGCAGACGCGAGACUCUUCAAAAUGAUAAUGGCUGCAGGUGGUGGAUCACCUACUCCAAAAGAAAGAAAAGUCACCCUGUAUGAAAAAGCCCUAGAAAAUAAGCCGGUCACGAGCGAUCCGGCAAUAUUGGAACACAAGAAAGUCGCCACAAAUGAAACACGAGAGCCGACCACGAGCGACGCGGCACUAAGAUCCACAAGCAUCGACACCACUCACGAGAACCCUACCACGCCAACCGCUAAGACAGAGACGAGUGGAGAGAUAGCACCGUCAGAACGACAACUUGGCAUCGUAGCAGACGGCAAGAAGGACGAUAUUGUACCUAUUGAGAUUGAAGAUGACGAAAUCCCGACAACAACAGUAAAUGACCCUCCAGCAGGCUCCUUUUCAGCAUCUACGACCCAGGGUCAGAACCCCCCACAAGUAAAGGUUGAGCAUGCCACCAGCGAGACUGGCCAGCAAACUGUGCCUUCUACACCUGAACAAAACCCUGUUAAGAACUUUGCCAGACUCACCAUUGAGGACCCCUUUACUCCAGAUGCGCCGACUCCAAAAGCAUCACCACAUUCCGCAGAGAGAACGCAAAGAAUCACUAGAGCAGAAGCCAAGAGACUAGCCUCGUUACAAGAACAUCGUCAAUACGAGAUUGUAGCUCUCACUGAGGCAUGGGAAAAGAAAAUCCAACAAGCACUACGAAACGGGCAUGGCGAAUACAAGCCUACAGAUCUCAUUCGCGUCGUACCACUCUUGCCUGGCCGUGGUACUGACAGCUGGCUCAACGACGAAGUCAUUAAUGGCUAUCUCAAACUCGUCGUUGAACAUGGCAAGAAGAACGAUCGGCCGACACAGGUGCCCACACACCAUGCAUUUGUCUCCUUCUUUUACAACAACCUCGCCGAAAAGGGCUAUGAUAGUGUCAAGCGAUGGGCGAACCGAGCCAAGAUUGGAGGCAAGAGACUCCUCGAGACGGAGCACGUUUUCAUCCCCAUCAACCGCGGAAUGCAUUGGACUCUGUGUGUGGUGUCUGGAAAGAACAAGACCAUUACCCAUUACAACAGCUUGGGAGGCAACGGACGGAGUUAUGUCGAGACGAUCAAGAAAUGGGUCAAGGAGGAAUUGGGCGGUGCGUACCACGAGGAGGAAUGGGUAUUUGAUUACUUCGGAGAAACACCACAUCAAACCAACAUGGAUGAUUGUGGCGUUUUCACCAUCACCAGCGCCCGGCAAAUCAUGCUCGGAUUGACACCCAUGUCAUACAAUGCCGACCAGAUUCAGCUUCAGAGGCGCCGGAUUGUGGCUGAACUUAUGAAUGGAGCGCUCUUGAAGAGCAGCGAAUGA